AUGUCAACAAGUGAUGGAUAUGAUGAAGAGACUUUUGUUCUCAAAGUACACAUGAACUGUCAAGGCUGCAUAAACAAAGUAAGGAAAGUACUCCGAAAAAUUGAAGGUGUCUACAAAGUAGACAUUGAUGCAGAAGGGCAGAAAGCAAUUGUCACAGGCAAUGUUAAUUCUGCCACUUUGAUCCAAAAAUUAGCCAAACUUGGCAAACAUGCAGAGAUAUUGAAUGCUGAAUACAACCAAGAGCAAGACAGCCAUGGCAGAGGCGAAAAUAAUGACCACACUGCCUCUGAGAAUCAGGACAUGAUUCCCGCAUUCUUUGGCAAAGAUCAUUGGGGACCUGAAGGGUAUUAUCAUCAAGAUAUGGGUGCCAAAACCAUGGAAAGCGAGAUGCAUCAACGUUUCGCUGCGCCAUUGUUUUUUGAAAAUGCUUACAAUAGAGCCAAUCCAAAUUUCACCAGUUUCACUGAAAAUCCCAUGAUAAGGCCUGAAAGUUUUCAAGAGAAAGGUGCAAGUGAUUACUUUGGCUUAGGGAGUCAAGAAUGGGCACAAAACUUCUUUGAUGGAUCAUCAAUUAGUGAAUAUGGUUAUGAACCAUCUCUUAUGCCCAACAUACAUGGAUACUAUCAUAGUCAUCCUUUAAAGAUGAUGCCACUAUCACAAAACUUCUUUGAUGGAUCAUCAAUUAGUGAAUAUGGUUAUGAACCAUCUCUUAUGGCCAACAUACAUGGAUACUAUCAUAGUCAUCCUUUGAAGAUGAUGCCACUAUCCUCCUACAAUCAUCUACCCUAUGGAAUCAACAUCCACAUGCAGGAGCCACCAACUAGGAAUGAUUUGAUGAUGAAGACAUACAUGCUUCAGCAUAUGGCAAAUUAA